AUGGCUUCCAAACCCGCCCACACCGUCAACUUCAUCAGUGGCAACAAGAACAAGCUCGCCGAGGUCAAGGCGAUCCUCGAGCCCACGAUCCAGGUCGACAGCCAGUCGCUGGAUCUGGUCGAGGUGCAGGGGACGCUGGAGGAGGUGACUAUCGCCAAGUGCCGGGCUGCGGCCAAGCAGGUCGGAGGUCCCGUGCUGGUAGAAGACACAUGCCUAUGCUUUGACGCCCUCAAGGGUCUGCCUGGACCCUACAUCAAGUGGUUUCUUCAAGACCUAGGCCACGAAGGUCUGAAUAACCUCCUUGCCGCCUACCAAGACAAGGGCGCCAAGGCCGUCUGCACAUUCGGCUUCUCGCAGGGCCCAGGCCAUGAGCCUAUCCUGUUCCAGGGUAUUACACAGGGCAAGAUUGUCCCGGCAAGGGGACCUGCCACCUUCGGCUGGGAUGCCAUCUUCGAAUAUGAAGGCAAGACUUACGCCGAGAUGGAAAAGUCAGCAAAGAACAAGAUCUCCCAUCGUGGACGGGCGCUCGAGAAACUGCAGGCAUGGUUCAAGCAGCAGGCUUCCUCAUAAGAUGAGAAUGAUCAACUCGGACCUCUGCAUUAGUGAUUGAGUCUUUCAUUGGCAUUGAAGCAUACUCUAGACAUAAACCAAGCCACCUUGAUCCCGAAAUCUUCACAACUCUUGCAGUCCUUCAGCCGGGCUCCCAAGGUCCUAUGGCA